GGAUUGUAAUGCCAGAAAACCAUUGUGCGCACUGAUUGGCUGACGCGCUGCAGUCGUCUGUGAGCGAGGAGGCUAUAAAGUUUCUGAGAAGAGCACACAUUUGCGUUCAUUUGGUGUUUGUGUAUUGAUAUUGCGUUUGAGGGGACAGUUGCAGUACUGGAAGUUGGCGGUGUUAAUUUGAAAGGGAAAGCCUAUUCGUCAAAUUAUUUAUUUUUUUUAUAUUUAAAAAAGCACUUUAACGUAACUAACUUGCACGAAGAUCUAAAACAAUGGUUGCCACGAGCACAAUGAAGAGCAAAAAUUCAGAAUGCGUUUCAGAGCUAAUAGACCGGAGACUUGACCACGCACAAAUAGAUGAAGAACUGGACUACUGGUAUCAUGGCCUGAUUGAGCCCAAUCUGAAUGGAGAGGUGUUUGAGGAAAGAACCUGUCAGAAUUUGGCCAAAAUGUUUGAGAACUGCCUGUCCCGAGCCAAGAAGACCAAACUGCACUGUUCUGAGGUUCUGGUCCCCGAGAAGCUCACCAGCAGGAUAGCUCGUGACGUCCUGAGGCUCUCUUCUGGUGAGCCCUGUGGCCUACGUGGCUGCAUCCUGUUUAUCAACCUGGAGGUCGAAAACGUCUGCAAAAAACUGGACCGGAUAAUUUACGACUCCAGUGUGGUGCCCACAUUUGAGCUGACCCUGGUGUUCAAACAGGACAGCAGUGCCUGGCCCAGCCUAAGAGACUUCUUCCUCAUCGGCGCUUGUUUCAGUCCCGGGUUCCGGCAUGCUCUGAAGCUCAGCCCCGGGUUUAGACUGGUUAAAAAGAAACUGUAUUCCCCGUCAGCUGGUACCGUUGUAGAGGAGUACUGAAACUUCACGCACUUCUGUUUUGGCAAAACCUGAAUGUAAAACCACGUGUUUGAGACGGGUGGUCUUUAAACCUGUUUUGUGUUGCAUAUUUUGAGGGGUGGGUGGGGGGCAUUGCAAAGAUGUAGUCACUUUAAAAAGGUGGGCCUUCCAAUGGACUUCACCUUUUCAGGUGUGUGUUUUUUUUUUCUUUAAGUACGGCAGCUUUAUCAUUUGUCUCCACUACAAAUGUACAUGGCUGGUAUAACAAGUGAUCAAAAUGUGUCAUGUUCUAGCGAAGACAUUUUGUGUUGUCCUUAUUUCAUUUUAAGCACACUGCAACCAAUCCUUCACAGUGGGUCUACUCGAAUGACUACUGUCUUCACCCUAUGACUUUGGAUUUUAGGUGGCUAACUGUGUAUUCAAAUAGAAGCAGACCAUUUUUUUUUAUGAGAAAUUUGUAAUGACUGUUCCAUCUAACAUUUAGAUGCAAUAAUUGGUAAUGUGGUAAGUGACAAGUGCUUAAUUUAAUGUAGGAUCCAGUUCUUUGUGUUUAAAUAAGAGUCGCUCACUCUGAUUUAACCUUGACUAAUUGCCCUUGGCUGCUUACAGUGUUUUAACAGUAAUGCUUUGCAACAGUGAUGGUAAAGGUGUGUGGGUUUCUUUUCUUUCUUUUUCAUUCACCCCGCCCCUCAAGCCAUGUUGCUAGCGACGCUCCUAAUUUAGUGUUUUUACUAUUGGACAAGAUAGCUUGCACAGUAGUCAAAUGGACUUGCAGAACACAUUUUAAAUAAUAAUUUUAAACUGGUAGCACAUGGGUCUCUAAAACAAAUUCUUGUCACCAGCCACUUAACCCUCCUGAUGCUUGAGGUUGUAGAUCUGUUUUUGUUAUUUUGUUUUUUCCCCCCCAUUUCUAAAACAUGGUGCCUUUUUUAGACUAAAGUUCAGUACAGAUUAGAUUAAUUUAGGGAUAUGAGGGUUUUUUUUUUUCAUUUUACUAUUUGCACUUGUGUAUUUGUGGUGUGUGUGUUUUUUUUUUGUUUUUUUUGCAUUGGCGAUCAUUGCACAAUUGGAGAACAUUGUUCAUUAUGGUUUGUUGUCAUUGUAGUGCUCAAUAGACUUUAGACUUUUGUACACUUUCCAUUUUUACAAAUGUCAAGAUGCCUUUCUAAGGCGUUUACUGCUGCAGUGCUGUUACUCGGCAGCUGGAGCCUUCUGUGCUUAAAUUCCUGUUAAAGGAAGACAAUAUUUUGUCUUUUUGACAAUAAAAAAUAUUUUUAAA